AUGGCAUAUGCAUUUACUGUCCUCCUCCCCUGUCUGGCCCUAGCCCUCGUGGUGGCUCGACCGGCUCUCUACUGGGUUCUCUCUGUCGUCGUAGAUCCUUUUCUAAGAUGGAAAUACCCACUUCCCCAUCACCCGGGUGUUAAACCCAUGUCGCGUGCUCGUUAUACAUGGCCCAAUGGUCAAGGCACAGAAAAGUUCUUCAAUGGGCGUUCUGCUGCCAAAAAGUGGCGACAGCAAUGGGGUCCGAUAUAUCAGAUUUGGUCUGGCUGGUGUCCUGAAAUUGUGCUGACCACUCCUACCCACGCCGCCCAAUUCUUCUGCAACUCGCAUCGUCACACCAAAGCAGUAAACAAUGACUCGGGCUGGCUGUUCGGUGAAGUGCUUGGCGUCUGCGUCGGCCUGCUCAGUGGCCCCGACUGGAAACGGGUCCGGCAGCAGGUCGAAGACGGCUUUUCACGUCCCGCCGCCACUCGAUAUACGGCUGACCUGGUCACUCUGGCCCGCGAAUAUCUUCAAACUACCCUGUUAGCGUCAUCCGAACAAAGCCUGGAAACAAAAGGAAUCAUUCAAGUCGAGCCAGCCAAGACCCUGCAGUUCUAUCCCUUUCUGUCGGUGGCUCAGAUCUUGUUCGGACGCUUAAGCCCGAUGCAGCGUAGCCAGCUGACCACACUGGCUCCUUUAAGGGAGGAAUUGUUCAAGGAGGUCAUUCGCGGCGGCAUCAAUCGAUUGCCCAUCGCGCCUUGGUUCCAGUCGCGGGGAGUGCGUCUCUUGAAUGAAUUCCAGACGCAAUGGGAGCAAUUUGUCGAAGCCGCCUACCACGCAGCCGUAAAGCGCAAUCAAUCCCCCAGGCCGCUGGUCAUCGGUCUGUGGGAGUCCUAUCAGGCGGGGUCCAUCAGCAAACGUGAAUGCCUGCAAACUCUCGAUGAAUCGCUCUACGCCAAUCUGGACGUCACCACGCAUGCCCUCUCCUGGAAUGUCUUGUUGCUGGCAGAGAAUAUCGAGGCCCAGACUGAACCGCGCCAGGAGGUCCUGUUCGCACUGCAAAACGAGGCCAGCGAAGCGUACGAACGAUACAUUGACCGAGACGACACGUUCCUUGCUGCUUGUGUGCUGGAGUCUGCCCGGUUGCGCCCAAUACUGCCAUUUUCCAAUCCUGAAUCGGCGCCCGAGGACCUAUACGUGGAUGGCUACCUCAUCCCGGCGAAUACCAAUGUUAUUGUGGACUCGCAGGCGAUCAACAUCGAUAACCCUUUCUGGGUGAACGGAACCCAAUACAAUCCUCGACGUUUCUUCACUCUCAACAAGUCAGAUGUCCGCCAUAAUAUGUGGCGCUUCGGAUUUGGCCCCCGGCAAUGCCUCGGCAAGCAUAGUGGCGAGCGGAUGCUCAAGGCCAUUGUCGCUGAGAUCGUUCGCCAGUAUGUCGUCUCCAUCUCAGCAGACAGCGCGUCGGAGAAGAAUGCCAUGCAGGAGGAAAGCUGGGUGGGAUUGCCUGCGACACGGAUUCAGUGCGUGCCGGUAAGAUGA